AAACCAGUCAACCACUCGGUCUCUUAUAAUUAACUUUUUUUUUCAUUUUUCUUUGAGAAUCCAAACAAUCAUCGAUACAGAAGAAACUAAUGGCGACAAAUCCACAUGCCUCUUCGUCGUCCUCAUCGCAAUUUUCAUACACGACCACCACACCAAACGGUUCAUAUUUUCCGAUGCCGUUUCAUCUCCAACAACAACCUUAUAUCACUCCGCCGGCGGUUCAACCCGUUUACACCGCUCCAGGUGGAGCCGUCUACUCUCUUCCUCAGUACCAACAGGCACAACAGUUGUUUCAAAGGGAUGCACAAACAAUUACUCCCGAAGCACUUGAGGGUGUGAAAGCUGCCCUGGCUAGUAGUGAAAUUGAGCACAAAGCUGAAACAAAAAAGAAAGCUAUUCCUCGAAAAGCUGCAGGCCAGUCUUGGGAGGAUCCUACACUUGCUGAAUGGCCUGAAAAUGAUUAUCGCCUAUUUUGCGGUGAUCUGGGCAACGAGGUGAAUGAUGAUGUCAUUACAAAAGCAUUUGCAAAGUUUCCUUCUUUUAACAUGGCUAAAGUGGUUAGAGAUAAGCGGACUGGAAAAACCAAGGGUUAUGGAUUUGUUAGCUUUUCCAAUCCUUCAGACCUUGCAGCAGCGCUUAAGGAGAUGAAUGGUAAAUAUGUUGGAAAUCGUCCCAUUAAAUUACGAAAGAGCAAUUGGAAGGAAAGGACAGACUAUGAUGCACUAGAUAGACAAAAGAGCCAUAAUCAGAAGAAACCAAAGACAUUUAAAAAGAGUGUAUUGCACAAGUAGAACGCAGGAUGUGGAUUGAAUAGAGCAAUCAACAGUUGUGAUUUCAAUUUAUGCAGCAUUUGUGCCAUUUCACAUUGACACCGAGCAAGCUCUUGUGCAAUCAUGUAAACGCUUUUUAGCUUCAAAAUCUGAGAAAAUAUCUUUUAUAUGAAGUUUACGGGGAAUCAUAAUUUACAUGUUAUUUGUGUACGCAGCCAAAGGAAAAUGAACUCUAAUGAGCCUGUAUAAUUGAAACGAGUCUCUUAAUUGGAUUGCUCUUAGCUUCUUUUAUUGAUCA